CGGCGAUAAUUUUAGCUAACUGCAAAGUUUUUCUCAUAGCAAGGGGGCUGAAAAAUCUUGGUCCAAUCCAGGCAGCACUAAUAAUAGACAUGCUUGUUAUCUUUGCCAUAUAUCAUAUAUGGACCAAUUUAUUUAUGCCACUUAACAAUAAUUUUUAAAAUUUAACUAGGCCUGUUGGUUUUAUUGAGUGUAGGCUAGGCUAUCCAAUUAGGCAUUCAAGAAGGUUGAUGGCCAAAUUAAAUUAUGACCACGGCAAACUUGGAACACGAUGAGCCCGACGUUGCAUUUGAAAAGACUGUCAAUAAUGUCAGGUAAGCCUUACAGCUAAUUUGGAGAGAUCUUUACAUUAAUCCCUAGAUUUGCGAGCAUUUCAUUUAAAUGCUGCUUAGGCUUAAGUAAACUAAGUCAAGUUCAAGUUGGGUUAAGAGACCAAGUUUAAUGACUAAUCAUUACUAAUUUUAAAUUACUACUAAUCAUCAUGACUAGCAAUCACAAAUGUCAAAGAUAACAGGGAAGAAUAACACGACAUAACUUAUGUCAGUAUUGUCAGAUAGAAGAAUAAAUAUCAAAUAGGCUACUAAACUAAUGACAAAUAUUGUUAAAGCAUCUUCAGUGUGUUAUAGUACAGACAUGGGCUAUAUUGUAUUUUAUAGGCUAACAGUAUUAGUAGUUCUUAGCCAGUGGGUCGUGACCAUGGCAACCCCUUUGACUUUGAGGGGUCUCCUAACAACAAUAUGUCACGAUCGCCACAGAACUUAGAAAUUUGAGGGUUUUUUUUUUUUUUUUUUUUUUUUUUUUUUUUUUGGGGGGGGGGGGGUGGCAAACUGCAUUUUGAUCUUAUUUCAGGCCUACUACUAAUAAAUUAAAAUGUUUAAUAUUAUUUACAGUUACAAUGAUCAUGAAAAUUUCUUUUGUCACUACACUACACUCUACACUUGAAUAUCACAUUCAAUCACACAGAAUUUUAAAUAAUUUGCAUACUUUGAAAUGACACUGUUAGUGAAAUUAAAUUAUAAUUAAAACAAUUUCUUAGUAAAUUAUUUUCAAAAAAACUUAGAUCUAGAAAAUUUCAAUUUAUUUAUUGAAUUUUAAAAAACUAGAAAUGACAUCAUAUAAACUAUUUUUUAAUGUUAGCACAUAAUUCCUUGCUUGAACUCUUGAACUUAAAUUAAAAACAGCUCUUAAAAAUUUGUUUGCUAAGUGAAUCUUAUAAUUAUUAAAAUAAUACAUUGAUGUUUAUUUUUUAUAGGGAAAAGUCAAAAUGGCCUUUGAUGGUCAGCGAUUUUGGGAACAUGUUGAAAGCUUUUAUUGGUUCAAAUUAUUUGACCAUUGCAUAUGCAUUCACACAAAGUGGAAUUUUAGUAAGUUUUAUUCCAAUAAAAUGACUCUGUGAAUGUUAUCAAACUUUUAUUUUUAAAAAUAUGUAGAAAUCAACUUGUGGCAUUUUCUCCCCAUUUGGAUUUUGUGGGGGGAAACAAUUAUCUUAAGAAACAAAAUAUUCCAUAAAGUAAGUACAUGAGUUUUGAUAAUUUAGUUUUAUGAUUUUAAAAAUCCCAACUAAAUUAACUCCAAAAAUUGGUAAGAAGCACUAAUUUAUAGCUCCAUUGAUAAGAGUAUAUUUAUACACUAAAUACAUGGAAAUAUUUCUAGACGUUUUAUGAAAAAAGAACUUAAAUGAUAACAUGGUUGUAUCAGUUUGAGACUCCGACCUACAUGAACAUCAUCUUAUCAGUUUAGAGACAUUUUAUAUCAUUACACAGCUAGAUAUUAAAGAUGCUUUUUAUCCAGAUUAUUAUCUUUUAUACAUGCCAUACUUGAGUGUUGUUAAAAUGGAAAAGUAAAUAUACAGUUAAUGAAAGAUAAGAAAACCAUAUUUUAUUUUUCAGCUUUAAAAAACAAAGGACCACUGUUUUUUACCAAGCAUUGUUGAAGUCUUCUGCAACUCUUUUAUUUAAAUGAAUUAGUAUGCCAGUUUGUGAAAAAUUUUCAAAAUUAAUAGCCUUGUUUUAUAUUUAGCCUACACUAGAGUAUAUGGAAUUGUAAAUAAAGAGUAUAAACAAUAUUUAAUAGUGUUAUAUUUAUUUAUUUUAAAAUGUCAACAUCACAAAAUUUUGUGAAACUAUUUUCCAAAAGCAAACAAUAAGAAUAGUCAUGACAGCAAGUCUUCCCAAUGAAACUUUAAUCAUGGGUUCUAAAGUUUAGAUGUGCUUGAGUUGUUUUUCUUUCAUAUUGCAUCUCAAUCUUCAGCCUUUAAAAUGUUCUGUUUCCUUUACUCUCCCCUGCCAUUUAAGUUGAAAAUUAGAACUUUCUUUCAUAUUGCUAGGACUCUUUUUCAUAAAUUUUAUGUUUUAAAAAUAACCAAUUACAUGUUUAAUAGACAAUAAAACAAAAAGCGACCAAAUGAAUCUCUUUUGAGGCAAAGAAUAGAUCAUGAGCAAAUGGAAAAGUAUGCAUAACUACCUAGCCUCUCUUAAAACUUUAUCUGAAUCCAGUUUAAAAUCAAUUAUCCAUUAAAUAUACAUUUUUUUGCUCCAUUAAGCAAUAUUACUAAAUAAAUUAAAACUUUAGUGACGAGAAAAAAAAAUUAAAAUGCAAAUAUAGUGCAGCCGAUUUCACCUGGUGUGUCCCUAGUUUGCAACACACAUUAUGAAUCUAAUAGAGAAAAAUAGAAGAAAAUGUUUUAAUUCCCUCCAUUUCAUACACAAACUAACUAAAUGUUAGCAAGUUUUCUCAAUUUUUUCUAUAAUUUUAUAUGUGACCUUUGUUAUAAACCAUCCAAUUUGUUAUCCAAAUAAUUUUUUGGACACAACCUUUAUUUAAAUUUUUUUUAUAUUAAGUUAUAUAGUGUGGGAGGAUUAAAUUAGUUAUUUUUAGUGUGUUGCUGGAUAUAAUAAAUAAUUUCAAAAAAUAUUAAACACGCUAAUCACACAAAAGCACAUUAUUCCAUUUAUUCUUUUUUUUCUUAUCUUUGCUAUUUCAGAUGGGGGUCAUCUUGCUAACCAUUAUAGCAGCUGUAACAGACCACUGUUGCCACCUCAUAGUAAAAUGUAAAUAUGAGGCUAUCAAGCAUGUAUUAUCCAGUAGAGAAGCCUACAAAUCAUCACCCACAUCAUCAGUUAAUGGUAAUGCUACAUUUAACUCAGAAAAACAAGAUGAGGUUGAAAGAGAUCUAGAUAACUUGAAAAAGUCUCAGGAUCAGAUGGUAAGGCACUUAACAUAUGGAGAUGUUGGCAAGAUUGCUUAUGGAUCAGUGGGGCUUUUUCUAGUCAACGCAUGUCUUCUCCUCACUCAAUUUGGAUUCUGUGUUAACUAUUUCAUCUUUAUCGGUAACACAAUUUACACUUUGUUUCCAAGUGAAAAUACCACCAAAAAUUAUAAUGAUAGUACUAUUGUAAAUGAACAAAUUACAGCUGAAAAUUUUAAGUCACAGCAUAUAGACUUAAAUAUAUCAUUAUCAGCAUUGCCAGCUUACCUUCCAAUGUACAAUGUGUCAGAAUAUGUUAUAACUUCUACAUCACCUGAUCUUCGCUUGCUAGUUCUGACUCCAAUACCAGUAUUUGUGGGAUUUGCAUUUUUGCGAGAUGUGAGGCACCUUGGUUUUGUCAGUGUGGGUGCCAAUGUUUCUAUAUUCAUUGGGAGUCUCGUUACCUUAGUCUACAUUAUUGUAGGUGAGAGUUUUAAAUGAAAGCUUAGUUUCUUGAUUUACUAAUUAAAUGGUACUUAAAAAUAUUAAACUAUUACAUUAUGUACUUUUAAAACUUAUUAUUUCAUAAUAGUUACUCUCAACUCAACCUCCAUUUUAUAUUUAUUAUAUAUUUCGUUUAUCCCAGGCUUUAGUGUGUCAUCAGAUUGGGAGCUUUACAAAUGGGCAACAUUACCUGUGUUUUUUGGUAUGGUGACAUCUGCUUUUGAAGGUAUUGGCACAGUAAGUAACCUUCACCUUGGUUCCAUCAAUUUAUGUUCUUUAGAAACAAAAAGUGUCUGGACAAGUACAAACAAACGUCGCAAUAGACGCUGUCAGCUUUUUUAAAACCGAAAGUAGUGUCAGUCAUUUUGGUUCUUCUUUAUUGUCUGUAAACUGAAGGCAUCUUGCUAGUCAUGUGUGUAUUAAAUGAAAGCAUUUUGUCUUGUGGAUAAUAUUUGUAUGUGGAAAGGACAUUCAAUAUUAAUAUUGCUAAAAGAUUAUAACUCGAGUUUGAAGACGAAUUCAAAGAAUUAAUUUGUAUAAACUGUAACUGUAUGAAUGAAGUGCAUCGAGAUGACUCCAAAUUGAAAACUGGUAAUUAAAUGAUAAAUGUAAUCACUUCAUAAAAUACAUUUUGUCAGAAUCAAAGCAAAAAGAAACUUAAUCUUCAAUUAUAUAGAUGAUUCUAGUAUUUUAGUUUCAUUGCAACAAUAUCAAUAUACUUUUAAACUCUAAUUUGCCACAGUUAGCAUUACUCAAACUCAAAAAUGUCAGAUACAUCUAAUAUGCACAAAAAUCAUACCAUUGGAAAGGGCUGGCAUUUAGCUUUCCAAUAACAUCAAAAUUACCUUUCUAUCUCUUAUAGCAGAAAAACAUAAAAUAAAAAUAGAAAAGAAUAGCUAUUCAAUUAAUGAAGCUAUUGAAAUACAAUUUUAAACAACAGAUAGUGUCCAGCUAAAAUUAAAAACAUUUAUCAAUUGUUAUUUCCCAUUAAAAUAAUUAACCUUCUCACUUUAACGAAAAAUGGAUGAAAAGUUAGUGUGCCAGAAUAUUAAAUACUUCAUUUUAAAGCCAAUAAAGCGCUGGCAAUAAAAUGUUCCAAAAUAACAGAUAGUAUCCAAAUGAAAUUAAAGCUAUCAUAUUAAUUAUCCUUAAAGUUAUUAAACUCCAAAUAAAAAAAAAUUGAUGAAAAGCUACUGCGUCCGACAUUGGUACAUAUAAAUACUUCAUUUUUAAACUAAUAAAGCUAUUGUAAUAAAAUUUUCCACAGUAACAGAUAAUGUCCCAAUGAAAGUAAAAACAUAUUGUUAAUUAUUAUUUCGCAUUGCAAUAAUUCACCUCCUCAUUUUAAAUUAAAAGUAAAUUUGACUAAAAGCUACUGAUACUGCGUUCGACAUAUUGGUACAUAUAAAUACUUCAUUUUAACCUAAUAAAGUUUAUAAAGCUAUACAAAUAAAAUUAUCCACAGUAACAGACAGUAUCCUGGUAAAUUAAAGACAUUUUAUUAAUUAUUAUUUCCCAUUAGAAUAAUUAAUCACAUUUUAAGAACAAAUUUGUUGAAAAGCGCCUGUGGCCAACAUAUUGGUAUAUUUAAAUACUUCAUUUUUAAACUUAUCAAGUUAUUGUAAUAAAAUUGUACACAGUAACAGAUGGUGUUCAGCCAAAAGUAAAGAAAUAUUAUUUAUUUCCACCUGCUAGGUCUCAAAUUCUUGUAAAGCUGUGUUUUCGAAGUCAGCUUUGCAAUUCUUUGUACUUGUACCCUCCCUUAAAGAACGAUAACUCUGGGUGAUAAAGGAAGUAAUAACCCCUGUUGCAGUUCUCCAAAGGACAAUGCAUCUGGGGUAAUUACUUCCCUUAUCACCCUGAGUUAUUGUACUUAUUGAUGAGUACAAAAUUUAAAAACCAGUCAUGCAAUAAUGUUAUUGUUAAUUCUUGUUUAGUUUCAAAAACAUAUAUUAUUGGUAAAUCACAGCUUUGUUAUAUUGUAAAUUCUAUAUUUAUUAGGCUUAAAAAAAAUAAGAGAAAAAUAUCACUUUUGAAAAAUAUAUCAUAAUUAAGCUGAUAUUUAAUUUAAAGGACACUUUUUAAAUACCUGUAAAGAUUUUCUAGGCUAAGCAAACUCACUUUUACAAGGGAAAAAAUCAUGACAUGUUAACAGAUUUUAAGGCAAAGCCAUUUGUCAACAAAAUAUUUAUAUGGAUUUAUGUUUUGUGAGGGAUUUAUUUUGACAAAUUAGUGGUGUGAAAUCAGUAAAGGUUGAUGAAAACAUAAGCACACAAACAUUUUUGUUUUAAACUAUUGCAUUUAUUAUUAAAUUGAGUUCUGAAAGUAAUUUUGUAUAAUAAAAAGAAAAAUAAUAGUGAAAUAUAGUAAUUUGUAACAUUUAAUUAACAAGUCUUUCAUAAGAUUAACAUCACCAAAUAAUAUAAAUGGAGAAUAAUACAUUUAUCAUAUUUUGAUAACAAUUAUACAUUUUUGGUACAUAUUAACAAUUAGAUCUAUCGGUUAUGAAAUAUAACGAUAUUGUACUCCUGAAAACUCACAAACUUUUUGUUUUCUUCAGAUUAUAAAAAAAAUGACAAAUAACAAUAGAGUAACACUAGAAAUACUAUUAACAUGAAAGAUUACGACAUUCAACAAAUUUGUUAUUUCUUUUUCUAACCAAAUUGUCCAAAUAUGCAUUUAUGAUAUUGAUAUAAUCAAAAGAUGAUAGCUUUUAUCUAUUUCAUAACAACGGAAUCAAAUAGGCACUGUAGUUGAAUUCCAGGUUAACUUACAUAAGCUUUAGAACCAUUUAUAAUAAUAAACUAAAUAUUUAACUCAUAAUUAAUACACAGGUAUGUUGUUCCAUUUAUGAAAUAAGUAUAUCCUAUCCUCUUCUAUAUAAGUAAUAAAUCAUCAUCAUUCUUAAUUCGUAGUCUUUUAUGUUGGCCUUAUAUUGAAAGAUGGUACUUCAUCCAGGGAAACAUAAUUAUUUAUAUGUCCUUUUCAUUACAUUCAAAAGGAAGUUAAUACACUUGAUUAUGAGUAGUCUACUCAGUUUUUCUGUUAGAAACUUACUUAUUUAGACUUAGGCCCAUAUGUUAGCCUAAUUUAAAUUUUUAUUGAAUUCUAUAAUUCAGUUAAUAACUCCUUUUAUCCAGUAAAAGUUCACAAUUGGGGUUGUAGGUAAGUAGUUUAAUGAAUGUUAUAAGUUGUUGCCCAUCAUUUGGAAUUUCCAGUUUGAAAACCAAGUUUGAGUAGCUGCCCUAAAUUUGCAGCUGCAUUGCUUUGUAUAUUUACAAAGCAUCUCCAGCCUUGUUGGAAUAAAUAAAAAUUGAAAAUUGAUGAAGGUUAAUGUACUUCUUCCUAUCUUGUCUUAUUUUUUGAGGCAGGUUCCAUUGACCCUUGUCGCUCAAAUCUGAAAUCAGGAAUAGGAUUGGGUUAUCUAGAGCCCUAAUCAGCAUAUUCAUAAUCAUGAAUUAUAGACUGAAAAUUCAUUGCCUCUUCUUAGCAAAUCCAGUGUAAGCAAAACAAAAGCUCAAAAAAUUACUAAUACUCUUAUGCCCACGAAAAUUUUUUAAAUAAAAUAUACACUUAAAGAACUAGAGAAGGAAAUUAAUAUAAUUGAGCUUAAAUCCUUGUUUUCAAGUUUUAUGAAGUCCACUAUUACUGUAUAUCUACGUGAAUGUUGACAUAGGCUUUGGCAUAACGUGAUAAGUAAUAGCCUAAAUUAUUAAAUAUAUAAGCCUAAAUAUUAUAAAGCCUAGACCUAUAGUUUUUCUCUAUUAUUUCAUCUAAAUUCAAGUGCGUUUUGAUCCGUCAUAACAAAGAAAAAUUCUUACCUUUAAUAGUAAACUUUCAGUCUGGCCAAAAUGAUGAAACAUAGCAAAACUGCAACAAAUUUUACUUGUGACUUUUCUGCUGAUCAGCCAUCAUGUUUAUCAAUUGUGAAGCAAAAACUUGCAAUGUCCUAGUCAAGAUUGUUUUCUGUUUUCUCAGCGAAAAAUAUUAACAGGGACAAUAACCUCUGUUUCUUCAAUCAGAUGGACUUCCCUAUUAGAGUAUUAUGGUAACCAUAAAAUCAACUAUUGGCAAUGGCUCUGAUUCUUUUUCAGUAACUUUUACAAGUAUUUGGGUGGAUAAUAAUUUUGCUAAAAAUAUGACACUUAUUACUAAUCAAGGUACAAUAGAGGAAAUGACAGGACUUUUAAUGAACUAUAAAAUUCCAUGGUUUUACAAAAGCAAUAUCCUGAGAGAUUUUUAAAUAUUUUAAUUACAGAUUUUGCCCAUUGAAUCCAGUAUGGAAGGAAAUCGCCACAACUUUUCCCCAUUUCUGCAUGGUUCUAUAGUCAUACUAAGCAUGGUUUUGACAACUUUUGGUAUUGUUGGCUACUUGCGCUAUGGGGAAACAACAGAGCAGAUCCUCAAUAAAAAUAUUCCUACAACAACAGCAGUUGGCAUGGCUAUUAAUAUCUGUUUGUUGUUUGGUGUUAUAUUGACCUUUCCACUUCAGAUCUUCCCUGUGAUAGAAAUUUCAGAAAUUUUUAUAUUUGGACAUGGUAGGUUUUUGUAAGAAGCACAAGAUUUAAGAAGAGUUUUUUAAAUAGUAGAAUUACAUUGUAAAAUAAUCAUUCUAAAACUGAAAUGAAUAAUUAUGCCAUGGUUGAAUGAUUUUUUAAAAACAGAUCUGCAUCAUUGUUGGUGUACUAGUGUCUAAAACAAAAGUUCACCUGAGAUAAUUUACUCUAAAGUUUGUCAUUAUAUCUGCAGGUCAUCAAUGUGAUUCUACAAAAAAAGAUCAAGACAAUGAGGAUUUGGAAGAUGGAAAUAUUUAUGGUGAGAAUUCAAAUGCCAAAUUGCUACCAAAAAGAAAAGCACAUGCCCCUGAUCCCGUGAUCAUGACAUUAUUAAAUGAGGUAUGAAAGUAACAAGCUGUUUACAUUUUACUGUCUUAUGAAUAUUAUGUUAAAGAUAAGGAGAAAUGUAUUUGCAAUUAAUUUCAACAUGUAUAUUAUGAGUCAAAAAUGAAUUUACAUUUGCUCUAUGUUGAGAGCCAGAUCUAGAGUGACAACCAUUGCAGAAGCUAUUCAGACAUGUCAAUGGAGAGGACUGGUCUGAAGAAUCCAACCAAACUCACUUCCAUUCAAUAGAUAAGGAUCUGUAGACUUGAAACCAACUCUACAGAAAGCUCCCACAGAAACAGACAAAUGACAGAAGUGGCCUCCCUUGGCCAUUGCCUGAAGCAACAAUCAGCAAAUGAUAAAAGCAGAAUACAAUAAAUAAAUGUAAAGCCCGUUGGCAUUGAUUUCUUCUUCAGGUUUCAAGUUGGAAAAGAAAUAUCCUACGUAUUCUAAUUGUGCUAUGUGCAGCUGGACUUGCCAUUCUCUUACGAGAUCUGUUUGCAUAUGUUAGCGCUUUUAUUGGUAAGUUAAAUAGUUUUAAAUUUUUGUUGUUAUUCUGACACAUUACAGAAUUUGGAGUUAUACCAUGUGCUGUGUCCAAAGGCUUUCCUUUUUUUAUACCCUGUAAAGAUAUACUCUUACAAUAUUUUCUCCAGAAGGUCUGGGAGAUAGAGGGGGUGGGGGGGGGGGCGUUAGAUGAUUGAGCUCUCCUGACUGACAAACAUUCCUGCCGUAGACAUUUUGGAUGUGAACCCCACAACUAAUCUUUAUAACCCAUGAUAAAAGUUAUUCAGCGAAGAAUCCCAGUCAUGAUAAUUCAUAUUGAUUUCAAUGCAGCCUGCGGAGUAGGAAUAGUGUGCGGUUUCGCCUGGCAGCUUUUUCUUCUUUAUAUGGAGGAGUGGCAUUUUUGACUGCCGAUUUUUUUUUCCGGUAAAGUGGGCUGGUAAAAUUUUUGUCCUGCCCCAGUGGGACUAAUCUAGCAUAUGCCGCUGUAUGUAAACCUUAUUUUAGUUUUUUAAAGUCUAGAAAUAAUUUAGAGAAACAAACUAUCAUUAUCUUCAUUGGUAUUUGGUUCUUAAUGUUUAAAAGUUCUGCAUCUGUUUAAAAAUGUCUGAGAGAACAGAUAAACUUUUAUAUUUUUUGUUUACAUAGUUGUAAAACAACAUUAAUAAAAAGACAUUUUGAAACCCUGAUCAGUAAAAAUAGUAAGAAGAUAUAUGAAAGAAACUUACCUUACUCUAGAGAAUAUUUUGUAAAAAAUAAAAAAUGUGUUCAUUUCUAAUAACUGAGAUUUAAAGACUGCCUUACGUGAAGAAAUUAUGCAUUUGAUUUCUACAAAUUCUUUUAAAUUGUUUAACUUUCUAAUCAAUUUAAAUUUAAAAUGAUAAGCUCAAGAUAAUUUUAAAGACUUUCACUUUACUAACAUUUCCAUCUUGUGGAGAGUAAUCUUUUGUCUUGCGUGUAAGCUGUUGUUUGACACAUGUGGUAUUUUAAGACUUUCUUGUGCUGUGUUAACCUGGUGACCGCCUAGAAAACUGGGUCGAUGGAGGCGGGUUGACACUGUCGAUCAAAUUAUCAUGGUUUACCAUGUCUGCUUCAUGGUUGAGUGAACGGGUGGGUGGGUGAACUCAGAUCUACUUUAGUUUUAUGUUCUAGGUAGAGUGUUGAGUCAAAAUGUCUAUAAAAGUUAAUAAUUCUACUUUUGUAGAUAAUUUAAAGAUUAAAAUUUUAAUACGAAAAAGUAGCAAAUAAAAAAAAUAUUUAGAAACUUUAAAAACAAGACUUUCUAUCAAACGCGAGUUAAAAUGAACAUAUUUUAAAAUGCAUUAUGCAAAGAAAUUCUGUGCAGAAAAUGUUUUUCAAAACGUAAUAAAAAUAAAACAUUUGAGUUUCAUCUAUACUUAUUUAGAAUCCUUUGGCUUCUUAGAGUGCUAAUAUACACUUUUGCACAGUUUUUAUUGCGAAAUGCAUUUUAAGGAAUGUUAAAUUAUUUUCUUUUUAAUUUGUUUAAACUCGUCUUUGAUAGAAAGUCUUUUAAAUUCUUGCUUUUAUUUUAUUUUCAGGUGCCAUUGGAAGUUCAGUAAUUGCCUAUAUUCUUCCAUGUCUUUUCCACUUGAAGUUGUGUUGGCAUAAAAUUGGCUUUUGUGUCAGAUUCAAGGAUAUUUGUAUUAUUGUUUUUGGUACUGCUGCCAGUAUUUUAAGUUUGUAUACAACGAUAAAAGAAGUUGUUGAAAAAUUUUGAUAGAUUUAAUUCCUAUAUCCUUAUGUAAAUGCAAGAAUAAAUUAAUUGACUUUAAAGAGAUGUGUUAUGUUACUAUAAAGAAACUGAAUCAUAAUAAAUAUAUAAAUAAAAUAUUUGAAAAUCCAUAGGUACCGGUAUUAUCUAAUAUUAAUAGUAAUAUAUUUAAAAUUAUUUAAAAAAUAAAAUAAAUCAAUCAUCAAAUCUGUACCUUUCAACGUGUUAGUUGUACAUUUUACAUUAUAUCAUUUAAAACAAGCAUGUAAAAUAAGUUUUUAUCUGAAAUUGUCAAUGUUAUGGAAAUUUGUUUUUAUUCUUUAAGACUUAAGACUAUUUUUUUCAAGUUGUCAAAGAGCUUGUCUCUUAAAUUACAACACAAAAUAUUGUGUAAAACGACACUCACACCUCCCCCUCUAAAUUCAAUUAAUUUUAGAUUUUUCCCAUACUUAAUUACAUUGAAUAAAAAUAGGAUGCUCUUCUCUCUAGUUAUUUGUGACACACAGAGCCUCAGUGGUAUUGUUAUUUUAACUAUUCCACAUGGUAACUAUAUUAUACUUAUGUCCUGAUUAUAUAAUCUCAGGAUGUUUACAGCUACAUUGUUUUUUGCUUAUUACCCUAUUUACCUCUAUACAUGCUCAAAAGUUGUUUUAUUUCAUUGACAGAAAAUGCAAUAGAAUUAUAAGCUUUUUAAAGAAAAGUAAGUUUAUGAUCUAUACAUAUACACAAAGGAUUUAUUAUAAUAUUAAUAGUAUAUAUAUAGCUCCGGUUUGUCCUGCUUCCCCUUCAAAAUCGCCCUCUCCCCAGCUCCACAUGUUUUAUAUCAAUAGUACUGAGAGAAGAAAAAAAGACUCACACAGUUUUGUGUGACGGUUGAACUCAGGUAAAUAGUUUGAUUUUCUUUUCUUUAAGGGGAGGUGACUAUUAUAUUUUUUAAUUAAUCAAUAAAGAGUCAUUGGUAUGGUGUAGUUGUGUCUGUAGACCUAUUGUGUAAAGACCGGAAGGUAGAGUGUAGGACUGUCUGUAGGGCCAUUGUUUAAAGGCUGGAAGGUAGGGUGUAGCACUGUCUGUACGCUUAUUAAAUGCCGUUAGAUUGGCUGGAGGACUGUUUGUAGGGCUAUUGUUUUAAGGCUGGCAUGUAUUAUAGAAAAUGAGAAUUUGAUUCCUUUUUUUUCUAACACUUGGACCCACCGGGUAUUUUCUCUAAAUACCCGGUGUAAAAUAACUGCAACUGGUUAAGCCCUAAAAUGUACAAUUUUAUACACUCUGCUUAAUAAUAAUUUGGUGGGACUGUGAUGUAAAAAAUGUAUGGUAAAUAUUACCAAAUAAAAAUAACAGUAUUUGUGUUGUCUUUUGAUGCAUGCAUUAUUGCCUUGACAUGAGAGUACAGACUCUCUCUUCUUGCUAGUUUAAGAAUCCUUGUUAAUAAAGAGUAAAGAUAGGUAGUAAAGAUAGGUGAUAUAGAUUUUUAAAAAUUUUUGCCAAAACAGAAUGACAUGCAGUAGUGACGACUAGUUGGAGCUUAGAACCAGAAGCACUAUUGUUUUUUGAUAUACCAGUAGUUUAAAUAAACAUUUUUUCUCCAUCACCACAUUCGGGAAAUGUAUUGAUGGAAUAUGUCAAAGAGACUGUUAAAAAAUUAUGAGCAGAACAUAGGGAAAGAAGAGUUAAUGCUGAGAAGGUAAUACGAUACCAGACAUUUAAAAUUUACAAUCCACUUGUUUAAAUUUCUGACGACGUUUCACUAAGUGGACUACAUGGACCAUGGAAUUCACUCCCACACAGAAGC